GAUGCUUCGCGAUCGACAUCAUUCGGUACAAGCCAACUGCGUAUUCACAAAGCUUCUUUAACAAUCAACAAAACUCGAGAUAAUUCACCAUUCACGCCACCUUUCUAACUUUCACUUUCUAAGCAAUUGCAAUCGUCGAUUCUCCUAUUUAAUUGUUACUUUUGACUUCUCCAACAUGGCCGACGACUCACCUCCAGGAUCUCCCCUCUCCGAUCUCUCCUCGGACGCAUUUGACGACGAAGACAACGAACGGAUGGCUGCAGAUGCUCACAUGCCGCCUGCUAAAAGGCAAAAGACAAGCAGCGACGAAUCUUUGCGCAUCGCCACAUCUCGUGGUAUCAAAAUGGAUGGAACAGAUGGUUAUUGUUCUACUGAUACCGAAGGAGACAUUCCAGACUCUCCAAGCAUCGUUCAACGACCUGAAGAUGCUCUAGAUGAUUUGCACGAACAAAUCACUGUUUGCGCAUGGCUUGACUGUACUAAGGGAGAUUUGGGAGAUAUGGAUCAGUUGGUGGAUCAUUUACAUCAUGAUCAUAUUGACUCUAGACCGAAAAAAUACACAUGUGAAUGGUUGGCUUGUCCGAGGAAAAGUCAGCCACAAGCAAGCGGCUAUGCUUUGAAGGCGCACAUGAGAAGUCAUACUGGAGAAAAGCCAUUUUAUUGCGCAUUACCUGAAUGCGAUCGGGCUUUCACACGUUCUGAUGCUCUUGCCAAACACAUGCGAACAGUUCACGAAACCGAAGCUCUUCGUCCUUCCGAUCCUAUUCCAAAACAUAUUCAAGACCAUUCAAAAGGGCUACCUAGACAUCCUCAACCCAGAGUCGUCAUGAAACCAUUUCCGGAUUCAAAUCCGAUGGCGGGCGCGCACAUUUCACCAUUAGUUGAACCCUCAUUAAUGGCAACAUCAUAUCCUCCUGAAUUGGGAAUUACUUUGGAAGAAGAAGCGAAAGGCCCAAUUGAGCUUUGGAAAUUACUACGAAAGCAAAUACAAUGGGCAGAAGAGGAAGGCGAGGCGCUAAGAAAGCAAUGUGAGAUCAUGGAAGAAAUAAGGAAGAAGGAAUGGAUGGAGAAGGAAGUCCUACUUGACGUUGCCAUUGCAAAAGACUUGGAGAUGGAGGCGAAAAGAAAGGCGGCGUUUGCUGAGCUUGCGAAGCUUCCCAGAGAGGAAGUCGAUUACGUUAUGAACGAAGAAGCAAACUCACCCAGCAUCCGCGGCGCUGACUAUACGGAGCAUACACCAAACACGGCUAUGUCUCCAAGUAGGACUCCAUUUUCACCUAGGGAUCUGACGCCAUUGGAACAGAGCCAAGGACCUGUUCAAGCAGACGCGGCAGAGGUUUUGACUUCUAUGUCACAUGCUUAAGGGCAGGAAAGACAUGGGAUAGGAGGGCAUGGAAGGCAAAAAUGUCUCAGGGAGCUUUUGCAUGUCCAAACGUCUGAAGGCUAUUGGAAUAAUAAGUGUGCUGGAAGGAAUAAAAAGGGUUAUGAAAUAUUUACGAAAUCGACUGAUAUCAAUUCGGAUAAUCAGAUGGAAACUAUGGCAAGCAAGGCGUUUUCUGGAGCGAAGCAAAGGUGUAGGAUGGAAACGCAGAGGUUCUGCUUCCGUGUGUAUCAAUAGUUUAGCAGGACCCCAAAACAUUAAAGCGAUGUUUAAUACUAUAAUAAUUAUCUAGACA